UAUGUGCUGACCUCAGCAAUCCAACCUUAACAACAAUGUCUGUGCUGGUACUUGUGCAGAAAUCAACUCCUGUUGGGAGAUGCCUGCUGGCUUCCUGCAAGAGCAAGGGCUCUCUGAUGACCCGGAGGAGCUUCAGUCCUAUGGCAUGGUACAACAAACAGCUGAAGAGAGCUCCCCUAGUCACUAAAAGCAUCACCUCAGGCAUUUUGUUUGGUAGUGGGGAUGUCAUUGCUCAGGUGGUGGUUGGCAAUGACCGUUUUGACAUUGCUCGGUUUGGGAGGGCGUGGAUAUUUGGAACGUUCCUCCUAGGUCCACUGUCACACCUCCACUUCAACUUCCUUGAGUGGUUGGUUGUAAGAAAGCUUGCUCUUCAAGGAAACAGCAUGUCCUUGGCUAAGAUGUUUGUCGAUCAGUUCACCUACUGGGCUGCAGGCAUCAACACUAUUUACCUCUUCACGCUUCCCAAGCUGGAGGGAAGGUCAGUGGAGGACUCUGUGGCUAACGUAAAAGAGAGACUGUGGGACGUGCUCAAAGCCAACUGGAUGGUCUGGCCUGUAGCUCAGUUUGUCAACUUUCGAUUCAUCCCAGUCCCUCACCAACUGAACUUUGUCCUCAUUGUGAGCUUGUUCUGGGCUACCUACCUCAGCUGGUUCAAUAAACAGAAAGACAAGCAGAAAGUUCUUAAGUAGCCUAACUGUUCAGUGCAAACAAGUAUACAGGUAGUUCUUUUUGUAAAACAUUUUUUUGUGCUUUGUUUGAUCCAAUUAGAUCUAUAAUUGAGGUUGUUUACAAGUGAACAUUUUUAUAUCGUAAAAGACAAGAUUGAUUUGAUGAAGGUGUAUACAAAUUGAUAAA